AGUGUCUUUAUUGUGGCACCUAUUUAAGCACAAAGCUUUGUGCUCCCUCUCUCAUCUUCUUCAAGUGCUUUCCUUGUCAUCAGCUACUAUUGCUGUUCAUAUCCUCUAAGAUGCAGAGAAGCCUCAUGAAGCUGCUACUGCUCCUCAUAAUCUUUUUCUACUUCUCAUCUCUUCUUUCUGCCUCUGCUGUUCCUGUAACAAGAACCCAAAAUUUGAAAGGUGAUGAAGAAGAAGAACAAGAAUUUUCGGCCAUUCCUUCUUUAACUAGGUUGGAGCAUGGCCUUGGAAAUGGUGAUGAAGUGGUGGUUGAUAUGAAGGAAGGAGAAUUCACAGAGAGAAGGGUUUAUUUGGAAACUCAAGACUAUGAAGGAACUGGAGCAAAUAGAGAUCAUGAUCCAAAAUCCCCAGGAGGGGUUUAAUCCCAAAAACCACUAUAAAUAUUUGCAUGAAGUUAGUUGCACCCAGAAAUGUAUAAGACAAUUAAUUAAUUUACAUAUAUUUGGUUUUUCUACUUGUAUAAUCAAAUACGAAUUAUUUUCCUUUGUUUGUUCAUAAAUUUAUGUUUUCUUGUUCAACGUGACUGAUGGUGUAUUAUUCAGAAGUUAUAUAUAUAAUAUGGUUAUGGUUACAGCCAUAA